GCGCUGCUGCUGCCGGCGGCGCUGCUGCUGCUCCUGCUCCUCUAUGUGGGCUUCGUGCGCUGCUUCACCGCCUCCCCCAGCGCCGUCUUCCAGUGCCGGGAGCGGGCCGGGGCUACUGGGUCCCAGCCCCCGCGGGACGCAUGGGGUCCCAGGCUCUCUGGCCAGCCCCUGCGGCUGCUUGUCCACCUGGCUAACACGGCUUUCGGGCAGUUCUGUUUAGUACCAUUUUUAAUGAGGCAGAAUAACCUGUUUCUCCUGCGCUAUAUCCACAUUUCUGAAGAUCCCACAUUUUUCCCGGAGGUGGCUGCAGAGGCUAAAAAGGACAAGCCUGAGACUAAAAGCACUGCUGAGAUUCUCGAGCAGUUGAUGGAGAUGAGGUUUCCUUCUGCCACCUCUGGAUUCAGCUUCAGGGAGAUCCAGGACUACCUCAAUUCCUACCGGACUGGGGAGCUGACGCCAACACAGAUUGCAGAGAACAUUAUUUCCUUGCUGGAGGAUUGUGAAAAAUCAAGCCCCCCGCUUCGAGCAAUUGUGCAGUGGGACAAGCAACAGAUUCGGAUGAUGGCUGAGGCCUCUACCACUCGCUACAGAAAUAAAUGCCCCCUGUCUCCUUUGGAUGGCAUCCCAGUCUGUCUGAAAGAAGAGAUUAAGGUGGUGCCUUAUCAUCAUCGAUCAGGAACGGCAUAUCUGGGGACAGAGCCUGAGACUGAGGAUGCUACACUGACCAGGAAGCUGCGGGAGGCUGGAGCUGUCAUAAUUGGGGUCUCGAACAUGCAUGAACUGGGGACUGGAACCACUGGCUGUAAUCCCGGCAGGUUUCAUGGCACCGCUCGAAACCCAUACAACCCCAAGCACUUCACUGGUGGCAGCUCCAGUGGGUCAGCAGCUGCGGUAGCUGCAGGUCUUUGCCCUUUGUCUAUCGGCACUGAUGGAGGUGGCUCUGUGAGGAUUCCUGCUUCUUUCUGUGGUGUUGUGGGGCUGAAAGGUACAUUUGGAUGUUUCAGUGCUUACGGUUGCCAUCCACUGUCCUACUCCACUGUCAGCCUCGGGCCUAUUUGUGCAUCAGUGACAGAUGCAGCCAUUGCGUACAGCAUCUUAGCGGCACCAGACCCCCUGUACCCCUAUGGAUUGCACCAGCCGAAACCAUCCCUGUCAGACAUACUCGCCCCUGACCUGAAGGGCUUAAAGCUGGGAGUGGACUGGACUUUCUUUAAGGCUUGCAAUGCAGAGAUCUUGGCAGUCUGCCAGAAAGCUGUGGAACAUCUGCGGGCCCUGGGUGCCACAGUGGUGGAAGUGUCCCUGCCAGAGAUGGAGGAGGUGCGGGUGGCACAUCUGAUCUGUAUUCUCAGUGAGAUGAGGGACUUCCUGCAGCCUGACUUCAACCACCACUUCCAGGACAUGAACCUGGAGACACGGGCCAACCUUGCCUUGGCUUCCAAAUUCACUGCUCUGGAUUACAUUAAGGCAAACCGGCAAAGGAGCCGGAACAUGCGCUUUUUGAAAGAGAUUUUUGCCACCGUGAACUGCAUCCUCACCCCAGCCACGGCCUGCACUGCCCCUAAAAUCCAUGCAACUGACCUUGAGACUGGGAACAGUGAUAUUCUAACAACUAUCCGGACCAUGAGGUACAUGCAGCUGGCCAACUUCACAGGUAUUCCAGGCCUGGUAGUUCCAGUCGGGUACACGGCUGCUGGGCUUCCCAUCAACUUCCAGGUCAUGGCAAAGUGGUGGGACGAGGCAGUUCUUCUCCGUGUGGGGCUGAAGCUGGAGCAGUUCCGAGGCACGACCAGGAAGCCAGCCAUUUAUUACGAUGCCUUUGCCUAA